AUGCAGCUCACGCUCAUUUUCACCACACUCGUUACAUUUGCUGCUAUUGCUGCGUCACAUUCGACACCAAAAUUGGUCAAAAAACAUACUUCUCUGGCUAAACGCCAGGAACUUUCCUCCAACCUCAUUGGUCAUCUUAAACCCAGGCUUGAGAUGCCCGAUACACCUGAUAAACCUGAUGAACCCGACUCAGUUGACUUUGGCGAUACGCCUGAUACACCUAAUUUUCUCGCGUCGUCUCCCCUCCCAUUUCCUCAUCCCGCCAGCUCCUCUGACUCUGACUCCUCCGACUCUGACGAUAAGUCCGUCGAUUCUGACUCCUCCGACUCUGAUUCCGACGAUAAGUCCGUCGCUUCUGACUCUUCCGACUCUGAUUCCGAUGACAAGUCCGUCGCUUCUGACUCUUCCGACUCUGAUUCCGAUGACAAGUCCGUCGCUUCUGACUCCGACGAUAAGACCGCCGAUCCUGAUGCAAGCGGCGAAGCCGACGAUGACGACGACAUUGAUAAUGAUGACACAGGGAGUGAGGAGCGCGGGAUGCGCGAGGAGGCUGAAUCUUCCCAUGCCCACAAGAGAAGGUCUGACACAAUAGACAGUGGCGACACGGGGCGUGAGGAUGUUGGAUCCCACUACAUCCAUGAGAGACGUCUCAACUCCCGCGUUGACUCUAAAUCCGUUGUCUCUGACUCAACUGACGGAGGCGACGACAGCGACAGCGGUGACACGGGGCGUGAGGACGUUGGAUCUCAUCGCGUUCACAAGAGAAGCCCUAACUCCCGCGGCUUCAAGUCCUCCGUCUCUCAUUCACCCGACGAAAGUGACAACAGUGACAGCGGCGACACAGGGCGCGAGGAUGUUGGGUCUCAUUACGUUCACAAGAGAAGCCCCAGCCUCCGCGACCCUAAACCCUCCGCCUCUCAUUCAACCGACGAAAGUGAUAACAGCGACAGCGGCGACACAGGGCGCGAGGAUGUUGGGUCUCAUCACGCUCACAAGAGAAGCCCCAACCCCCGCGACCCUAAAUCCUCUGCCUCUCAUUCAACCGACGAAAGUGAUAACAGCGACAGCGGCGACACGGGGCGCGAGGAUGUUGGAUCUCAUUACGUUCACAAAAGAAGCCCCAACUCUCGUGAUCCUAAAUCCUCCGCCUCUCAUUCAACCGACGAAAGUGACAACAGCGACAGCGGCGACACGGGGCGCGAGGAUGUUGGAUCUCAUUACGCUCACAAGAGUUCCAACUCCCACAACUCCAAGUCCUCUGCCUCUCAUUCACCCGAUGAAAGUGACAACAGUGACAGCGGCGAUACAGGGCGCGAGGAUGUUGGGUCUCAUCACGUUCACAAGAGUUCCAACUCCCACAACUCCAAGUCCUCUGCCUCUCAUUCACCCGACGAAAGUGACAACAGUGACAGCGGCGAUACAGGGCGCGAGGAUGUUGGGUCUCAUCACGUUCACAAGAGAAGUUCCAACUCCCGCAACUCCAAGUCCUCUGCCUCUCAUUCACCCGACGAAAGUGACAACAGCGACAGCGGCGACACGGGGCGCGAGGAUGUUGGAUCUCAUUACGUUCACAAGAGAAGUUCCAACUCCCGCGACUCCAAGUCCUCUGCCUCUCAUUCACCCGACGAAAGUGACAACAGCGACAGCGGCGACACGGGGCGCGAGGAUGUUGGAUCUCAUUACGUUCACAAGAGACGUUCCAACUCCCGCGACUCUAAGUCCUCCGUCUCUCAUUCAACAGACGAAAGCGACAACAGUGACAGCGGCGACACGGGGCGCGAGGACGUUGGAUCUCACCGUGAGCACAAGAGAAAGGCUUUUGUUUACCGUCUCAAGCACGAAAUGCGCUACAACUAG